GCGGCUGCGGGCUGCAGCAGGUGGGCGGCGCGGGAGGGCAGUUGCCGGCUUCGCCGCGGAGAAGACGUUAGCGAGAGCCACUUGCCCUUGUCACUUCGCGCUCUGUCCCGUCUGACCGACUGUCGUCAUGGCCAACUACAUCCACGUCCCGCCCGGUUCCCCAGAGGUGCCCAAGCUGGACAUCACCGUCAGCGAGCGGGAGGGGCCCGGCUACCGCCAGGGCGCCCUGGAGCUCCUGCGCCGCCUGCGGCCCCACUGGAGACCCGAGAAGGUGACGCUGCAGCUGUUUACAGAUGGAAUCACCAAUAAAUUAAUUGGCUGCUAUGUGGGUGACAUAACAGAUGACGUCGUUCUAGUUCGGAUCUAUGGAAAUAAGACAGAGCUCUUAGUAGAUCGAGAUGAGGAAGUGAAGAGCUUCCGUGUCUUGCAGGCUCAUGGCUGUGCACCUCAGCUGUACUGUACUUUCAAUAAUGGUCUGUGCUAUGAGUUCAUGCAAGGAGAGGCACUGGAUCCAGAGCAUGUAUGCAAUCCAGAUAUUUUCAGACUCAUUGCCAGACAGCUUGCUAAAAUCCAUACGAUUCAUGCGCACAAUGGGUGGAUUCCUAAAUCAAAUCUGUGGCUGAAGAUGGGGAAAUACUUCUCUCUCAUACCCACAGAAUUUGCAGAUGAAGAAGUAAAUAAAAGGUUUUUAAGUGACAUUCCAAGUCCUCAAGUUCUUCAGGAAGAGAUGACCUGGAUGAAGGAAAGACUUUCAAAUUUAGGAUCACCAGUGGUACUCUGUCACAAUGACCUGUUGUGUAAGAACAUUAUUUACAACAAGAAACGAGGUGAUGUGCAGUUCAUAGACUAUGAGUACUCUGGAUACAACUACCUGGCUUAUGACAUUGGAAAUCACUUCAAUGAGUUUGCAGGAGUAAAUGAGGUAGAUUACAGCCUUUACCCUAACAGAAAGUUACAGGAACAAUGGCUGAGAUCUUACCUUGAGGCCUACAAAGAAUAUAAAGGAUUUGGCACAGAAGUCAGUGAAAAAGAAGUUGAAGUACUAUAUGUCCAAGUUAAUCAGUUUGCACUGGCUUCCCACUUCUUUUGGGGAUUGUGGGCUCUGAUUCAAGCCAAAUAUUCCACCAUUGACUUUGAUUUUCUAGGAUAUGCAAUUGUUCGAUUUAACCAGUAUUUCAAAAUGAAGCUGGAGGUCAUGACAUUGACUCUUCCUGAGUAAUGAGGAAGAAGAAACUUACCAAGUGGAUAGACAACCCCUGAAUCUUUUCUGAGAACAGAUACUGGGAAAAAAAAAUGGCUAAACAUUUGCUGAAGUUCUGUAAUGCUCACUUGGUGGUUCUUGCUUUAUAAAUAAUGCCUCUAAACAGUCCUUCAAUGUUAAAUUUAAUAUGAAGAACAUACAUACUGCUGUUGAUAUCAAACGGAUUAGAAACUUGCUAAAUCUAUAAAAAGUUGUAGAAAUGGCAAUUUAAUCCUUCUUUGUAAUUUAACAUAUGCUGUAUGUGAAUUAUUUAUUCUAAGUUUAACAUAACAUGAUUCCAUUGCUGCUUUCAUCAAUUUUUGUACAAGCUGGGUGCAGUUCCAAAGGGUUUGUUUAACAGUUUGCUUUAUUGAAGUUGCAUUGACUUACAUUACAGAAAACACAGUCAGAGAAUGUUAACCUGUUAGAUGUACACAAGCAAAAGGAGUGAUGAGAGACUUGUCAGACCACCAGUGUGGUGUAAUUACAGAAGAAGGUUAGGACCAUCCUUUGUUUUUUUGUUCUCAACAAGAAAAAGGUAGCUUUCCAUAUGAUGGUAUUUUUCUUUUGUAAGAGAGUCAACUUAGUUGGAUGAAAUGAUUAAAUAAUAUUUUCAGUUUUUCCUCCUCAAUGUGUUAAAACAGUAAAAAUGUGAAGGUUCUGUGGCCGUCAGAUUCUCUGAGGAUGUGAACCGUCCUGGCUAGAUGGACAACGUACAAUCUCUAGCUUCUAUGGGAAAGCUGCUUGUUCAUUAAGUGUACUUUUGAAGCAAAAAAACCACUAUUCCAAAUCUGUGUUCCUUUUUGAAGGCUGAUUCUAAAUUCAAACACUAUUCUGGUGUCUAUAUUUGAUGUGCUUCAGCAGUAUUUAGCAGAAUGGAUUAUUGAACUGAAGAUGAGUGAACAGGGGAGCAAGACAUUUAAGUUUACAGUUAGUAUAUUGUUGACAUCUCUCUGAUUUGUCAUCUUGUGACCUUGGGUUCUAGUCUUAGAUGCUUGGUCCUGUAGUUGCAGAUUGUCUUUUUUCCUGUUGCAGCAUAUUACUUUUCAAAGUCUCUAGCUUGAAGGAUGACAUGGAAAGGUACCUGACUUACAAAUAUGGGGCUUUGAUCAUCACAUGCAUUUUCUUAUUUUUUAAAGCUACUAUACCAAGAAUGGUCUGGAUUAACAAAAUGUGAAUUUGAAAAGAAAAUGUUUACUUAAAGCAAUGUGUAAAGUUUGCAUGGAAAAGAGGCUUUAAAUUUGAAAGAUGGUGCCGGGGGGUGGGAGGGGAAGAAAUCCACAACAGGAAAAAAUGAAAAAACGACAAGAAAAAAAACAACAAACCAGUGUGGAGUUGGGUAAACAUAUAUCCAGCUCUGAUUAUACUCUGAAAAACUUUGCACUUUGGUCACAUAAGUGCCCACAUGUACAAAGUCUGUGUGUGUGCAUAUACACAUGGCAAACACAAACUUAGCUGAAGAGUAAAUAUUAGGGAGAGUCUGUUGUACAGACUCCAGCAAAGAUAUUUAUUCAGAAUUGCUUUAUGGUACACCGUACACAGAUGUGUGUGUGUGUGCUUUACUACAACAGCUUGGAUCAAUUCAGGACAAAGACAAUUUAUGUGAAUGAAAAAAUUUCACCUGUAAAGACCAUUUUGAAUGGCAUUCUGUUAUCUUACAAAAGCAAGGUUUGCAAGUUGUUUUUUUUUCCUUUUCUAUUCAUCUCUGAAUGUUUGUUUUUUAUUUCCUUCAGUCAAAACUGUAAUCUUUAUGCAAAUGGAAGAACUGGGAUUUUUUUUUUUUUGUCACUUGAGAUUAAGUAAUGAUUUUCAUUAGCAUUUGUUAGCUGGAGGCUACUAUACUGGACAACUUACUUUCUCUUUUGGUAGUUAAAUAGACACAAAUAGCUAAAAGAGACAUUUAUAUUUUCCUUUGUAGAAGUUACCAAGGAUGUUGCUAGAGCUCAUGAAAGCACUGAAGACUUUCAUUUUCUGUACUUUCUCCCUGUUGACAUUAAUGACAUAUGUUGAGUAAUACCCUGCUGUCUUGGUAGUCCCUUCAAGUUCAGCAAGAUCUACUUUGAAGUAAGAUUGAUAGAGAUUUUUUUGAACUCUUAAUACUACUUUCUUCAAGUGGUGAAUUUAUUUCUGGCAGUGCUGCUUUCUAUUUGUAAAACAUUUGAAAAAGGCCUUGAAGUUCACUCCAUCUUGGGAAAUCCAACACUUGACAGUCCCUGACUUUCCCAACAGUUGGCAAAAUGCACUCCCUUUUCAGGUACCAGUACUAUUUAUGUUUGGAGUUAGUUAAUUCUUUUUCAGCACUAUUUUUGCUUGUAUAGCUCAAGUAGCAAUAACUGUAGGAGUGGAAGCUUGCUUCUGCAGAACCAAAGCUCUUCAUGAGUGCAGCUCAAUCUCAUUUUUGUGCAGUUCCACUGAAUCCCAUAAAAGCACUUUGAAAUAGAGUAGUAAAUACUGCAAGCUUUUCCUGAGCCACUUUGAAGAAGCACAAUGGUUAUCAUAGGUCACGGUGGUUGACUUUGCAGUACUGGUAGAGGCUUUCAUUUUGCAUGUUGAAAUUAAUUUUACACACUUAAAUGCUGCUUUGCAUCAGCUUUCAAGACAAGUGCAGAUUAAAGUGAUUUCUGAUAAGUUCUGAGGAAAUACAGUAAAACAUUUUUCAAAAUGAAAUGCCAGUGACCUUGAGUCUUAUUCCACAUCCAUGUGAGCCAGUAGCACUUGGUUCUCACUUGCUAAGGAACAUCUACAGAUGUGUUAAGUUUGAAGGCAUUGCAGAUUAUAAAGUAGCAUGAAACUGUGAAUACAGGACAUUCUGAAUGUAAAUUAGGUACUAGAGAACAUGUACUUAUUGCAGUUAAUUUGUCUCAGUCUCUUUAACAGCAACAUUAAAGGUAUUUGAAGGAGGACGAAAAAUGACUGAGCUCUAGAAACAUCCUGUAGUAGUUUUGACUGUGACUUGCCAAGAAAUUACUCUGUUGCCUUUAUGUUAAGCUAAGGGCACGAAUGCCAAAAUUAAUGAUUCUUAACUGUAGUUAAACCUAAAUUGUAAAUAUCAACAGGAUUAUUAGUAAUGGCAUUCUUGCAUAAAUAGCAUCAAGUCAAUAGACCAUAGUGGCCUGGUUGCUUUUGUAAAGCAGAAUAGUGUGAAUUCUUUUCUUCUCAUUUCUGCAGCCAGAUCUGGCUAAUUCAGGUUUAAUUUCUUAGGUUACUAGUCUCUCACAUAAAUUUGAGUUCCUUCAUCUCUACUUCUUGAUUUGCAUUUUAAAAGGACUUACCAAAUCUGCAUUAACCAGAUCUGACUCUGUGUGUAUAUACAACAGUGUAAAUAACCAUUUGUAAAUUAGUGUGAAUUGUAUUGUACCUUGCAUUUAUGGACUUGUGUAUUGCAUUGUAUUCUCUCCUAUUUUGUAGAAAUUUUGAUGUAAAGAAGAAAUUAACUGUGUGAGGACUUGUUUUUGUUAAAUUGACCUAUAACAGAGCAUAAUGGUUUUAUGUUAAGAUAUCCAUUUAUAGCCUUGGGCAUCCAGUGUUCUUCCCCUCCUCCCCUCACACCUCCCUCCCCACCCCCCCAAAUUAGUUUUUUUGACAUCUUGCUCUUGAGAAUGAUUCUUGGAAUAAAGGGGUUUAUACAGCAUGAAGAUGGAGAGUAUCGAUUCUAACAAUAGGGCAGAUGGUCAAAGGUACAUGUGUAGUACCUGUGGUAUAGGGAAAGCUGUUGAAGAUUUACUUCCCCAAAUUUCUGAUGUGUUGUUCAGUGCUGGUGACUUCUAAGCUUAAGUGUGGUGAAGUACUUUUGAAGUAUGUGCUCCGAUGGUGACAGCAAUUGAGCUAGGUGUGAUAGAAGUCCCCCAACUGAAGUGGUUUUGGUGGAUAUAACCUUAUAAUAGAAUUAGUUGCGGACUUGUAAAUGCUUCUAAUAAAUGCCCAAAUCACCAAAAUAGUUCUGCCAGUUGUUUUCCUCAACACUAGAACUGCUGGUGGCCCUUUUAGAGUAUUUGAAAUUUGCCAGAGGUAUUUUCCCUGGGUGCCAUGCCCUUCCCCUCCUUCCUGUGCCCAAACCCACUACUUCAUUAGGGGAAGCAUGAAUAUUUAAGCUUCCUUUCCAUACUUAUUCAUCUCUAUUUCCUUUUUGGCUAAAAUUGUGUUCUCUUGUGUCAGUACAUAUCAGAAUGUGUUUGUGUGUAGGAAGAUCCUUUCUGAAGAGACCUUUUAUCUCGGAAGCACAGACAUAAUGAAGCAUAGUUUUCCACAAAGGCUGCCUUUCUCUGUCUGUUGUAAACUCUGCAGUGUCCUUCCAGCAGUUAGUUUAUUCUUGGCACAGCAGUGUUUAACAACUCUGCUGGAAAAUACUGGUGUGCAUGUCUCAUUGUCCAUAUGACACUUAGAUCUUAAUACACUGUGUGCAUCCUGUCAGCCUGAUCUGCUCUGCUGCUUAGCAUUGACACUAAGUUACCAGAGUCCUCGGAAGUGAGUUUAUCAAAGAAAGAUUAGUCAAAAGGAGGGAUGGGCUCAGUAAGUACAAGUAAAAAGAAAUAAUUCAUAGUAAUCUUCUUUUGAUGUAGCAAGGAAUUCAAUAAGCUUGCUUACUUGCAUGGUUUAAGGACAAGAGCAAAUUGUAAAGGGUAAAAGCUUGUUGCAGGAUGAAGUUCAGUUUUGUUGUUUUUAAAGCCUUUGGUAGCUAAGAAAAGCUUAAAUAGUAUGUUACACCUAGUGAAAAGUCUUAACUUUGGGUAACUUUCUAAUUAAACAGAAUUUUGUUCCGUAACCCAAUGGAAUAUAAUCUCUUGCUUGGGGUAAUCCUUCCUGGAGUUUGUAGAGGAGCUGCCCACAUCAUACCUGUCUGCAUUUGAGCUAUCUAGUCUUGAAUUUAGUCUAUUGUUUAUUGUAGUCUUGGAUGGCUUCUGAAUUGUGCUAGGUUACUGAACUGCUGGAAUUAGCUACUGUCUCCUACCAUUUCUUCUACACCAGGCAGGUUGUUGUGGUAGUAGAACAGGAGAAUGGUCAAACCUUGAAGUAAUGCAAGGCUGAUGUUGAGCACUGUUGCAGCUGAUACUUAUUCCCCAUUUUUGUUACUAAAGACUGCAAAUUGCUUAUUUCCAUUAGUGGUGAGAGAUAUGCGUAGCCUUUGGCCUUGUGCAAGGUAGGUGUUGUGUUGGUCAGCCAUGAGGCUUUUAAAGGAAAAGGGCUCUCCACAGUGAAAAAUGAUGAGCUCAGAUGGGGCACGUUGGGACAAACUAGACUUUGGCUUAUAGACCUCUGGAGUGAAAAGGAAAGUGUGAGAAACAUUUGUGUGUGGAGAUGUGCCAUGGGAGUGAUGUGGGCAGACUCUGGAAAAAGCAUGGUUGGAUUUUAUUGUCAAGUGACUGAUCUGUUGCCAUUAAGCUCUUGUUAUUAGGAAAUCAGUCAGCUUGGGGCGGGGGAGAGGAAAGAAAUCCAGAAGACAAUGAAAAUUCCCCUGUGCAAAAUUGAUUAAUUUGGAAAUUCAGUGUGCAUUGGGCUUUUCUGUGUAUUUAAUAGUACAGGCAGUGGUCUGCACCAGAGUGUUUAAUAAGGGGGGGUUAUUACUGUGAAAUGUCAGAAAACUGCCUGCAGUGGCUGAUUGUGAUCUUAGAACAAGUGUCUAGACUUCCCUAGAUUGACAAAUCAAUAUUUCAAGAUCUUAUAUCAGCUGUUACUGUAGCCUUCUGCAAUUGUUGAGCUGCUGCCUCAGGUUCCCUGUGGUGUGGAACUUUAAUGGAUGUUCCAAAUCUGUUUAGUUUGAUGUUCAUGGAGAGAUGACACAGGAUACUUGGUGUUGAAAGUGUGAAGAUCUAGAAAGCCAAGAAGUUUCUUGAAAUCUUAAGACAUUCUGGAAAGCAAUGCUGAAAUAACUUCAGGUACUGCACCAGCCUAUAUUUUUGUGGCAUUGAGGUUUUAUGUUAGUGCUUUGGGUUCUUUUUUUUUUUCAUAUAGAUUUCCAUGCAAAACAGAAGAUGAAAGACUGUGGAAGAGAAACAUGAAAAAUACUGUAUGCAAUGCCAUAAAAUGCAGUGUGGAUUGGAGAAAAAAGUGUUUCCAAACCUUUGCUAGUAGAAAUUUUAAAGUGUUAUAAAAAAAUAGUAGGUUUCAAGUCUUUAGUGUGUGAAAGAUUUUUUUUUCUUUUUGUUUAAGUGUUCCUUUACCAUUUUAUAUCUGUCUUGCAGUCUGUGGUAGUUGAUGCUGCUGCUUUGUACACAAGUGCUUUGAAUAGUCUCAUCAUCUAGAAUGUAUCCAAUCUUUCAUAAAUAUGACUUAAAUCAGAUUCCUUGGUUCUGCCUGAAGCCUCUUAAUCCAGCUACCUAAAACCCUUUAAGUACUUGCAGGAACAGGGCCACCAUAGCAUUGUAGGGAUAUAUUCCAUUUGUGUUGCUUUUUUGUUACUGUGCAUUGGUCGAUGUUCUUUUAACCAUGAGUCCACUUAAGUCCUGUGAAUAAAACAAGCUCAAGCCUGUGUCAUCUUCCAGCACUUGUCAUCUCUCCAACAGGUUCCCAUGACCCUUCUUGUGUGUUGUGAAGUUCAGAUGCAUCAUUUAUCCAUUGGAGUUAAUUGUGUUUCUUUUUGAACUAAAUGUUAUUGAAGCUAUUAUAAGGCCUUCUACCGCUGGUUAAAAAGUCAUGUACCUUGCAAAGAGAUUUAUAUUGUGUAAAUACUUUCAAAUUGCAACAAUAAAGUUUGUUUCUAACUGCA